GUUAUGACAUGUCUACAUUCAUCCGUCGGUACAGCCGCUAUCUGAAUGAGAAGGCCAUGUCUUACAGGCUGGUGGCUGUGGACUUUACCAAGAUGAAGAGAGGGUAGGAUGCACAAUAUUUCAUACAUCUAGUCUACAGUACCAGUCAAAGGUUUUCUUUAUUUGUACUAUUUUUUUACAUUGUAGAAUAAUAGUGAACACAUCAAAACUUUCCUUCUUGGUAAAAUAAGCCUUACACAGCCUGGAGGUGUUGGGUCAUUGUCCUGUUGAAAAACAAAUUAUAGUCCCACUAAGCCCAAACCAGAUGGGAUGGCGUAUCGCUGCAGAAUGCUGUGGUAGCCAUGCUGGUUAAGUGUGCCUUGAAUUCGAAAUAAAUCACUGACAGUGUCACCAGCAAAGUACACCCACACCAUCACACCACCUCCUCGAUUCUUUAUGGUGGGAAAUACACAUGCGGGGAUCAUCCGUUCACCCACACCGCAUCUCACAAAGACACGGCGGUUGGAACCAAAAAUCUCACAUUUGGACAAAUUUCCAUCGGUCUAAUGUCCAUUGCUCGUGUUUCUUGGCCCAAGCAAGUCUCUUCUUCUUAUUGGUGUCCUUUAGUAGUGGUUUCUUUGCAGCAAUUCGACCAUGAAGGCCUGAUUCACACAGUCCCCUCUGAACAGUUGAUGUUGAGAUGUCUGUUAGUUGAACUCUGUGAAGCAUUUAUUUGGGCUGCAAUUUCUGAGGCUGGUAACUCUAAUGAACUUAUCCUCUGCAGCUGAGGUAACUCUGGGUCUUCCAUUCCUGUGUCAGUCCUCAUGAGAGCCAGUUUCAUCAUAGAGCUUGAUAGUUUUAGCGACUGCACUUGAAGAAACUUUCAAAGUUCUUGAAAUGACCUUCAUGUCUUAAAGUAAUGAUGGACUGUCGUUUCUCUUUGCUUAUUUGAGCUGUUCUUGCCAUAAUAUGGACUUGGUCUUUUACCAAAUAGGGCUAUCUUCUGUAUACCCCCCUACCUUGUCACAACACAACUGAUUGGCUCAAACGCAUUAAGAAGGAAAUCAAUUCCACAAAUUAACUUUUAAGAAGGCAAACCUGUUAAUUGAAAUGGAGGAGAGGAUUGAAAUUUGUUUAACACUUUUUUGGUUACUACAUGAUUCCAUAUGUGUUAUUUCAUAGUUUUGAUGUCUUCACUAUUAUUCUACAAUGUAAAAAUAAAGAACUUUUGACUGGUACUGUAUUUCACACUGUCCUGGGCUGGCCUGGUUCCACAACCACCAUAGUUCCUGGAACGUGCUGGAAAGGAAAAUGUGAAAAGAAAGUAUCCAAGCAGCUUAGGACGUUUCAGGUUGGUUCUAUAGUGUGAUUCGGGUAAAAUAUUCCUUAGCAACCCGUCAGAACCAGCUAAUCCAGUUUUUUAUUCUAGAAAGAGAAAGACUAAGUAAAAAAUGUUGGUGUGUGUGUAUGUUCCAGGAUUGACGGUGUGAUGCGUACCAUGAACAUAGAGAAGCUCAUAAAGACCCUUCCUAUAAUCCAGAACCAACUAGACGCACUGCUAGACUUCCAGGUAACAGGGUGUGUGUGUGUUUGUGCGUAUAGAGGAGGCGUGUGUGUAUUCAAUGGAAUGUGUGCGUUUCCAAUGGUGGACAUGGGUGUCAGGUGUGAGAUGAAAUGUUUAAGUUAUUGAUGUUCUUUAGAGGUUGAGAUUAUUUUUUUUUAAAUGCCUCUCUUCCACCCUCUGUCCAGGCCAACCCUAAUGAGUUAACUAACGGGGUGAUCAACUCAGCCUUUAUGCUGCUGUUCAAGGACUCCAUCCGUCUGUUUGCUGCCUACAACGAGGGCGUCAUCAACCUACUGGGUAAGGACUGGUCUAGAAUCAGAUUUAGAUCCUCCAACCUCCUGGGUCAGGACUAUUGGGACUGGUGGGUAUUAUCAUAGUAUAAUAGAAUGGUUCAUUCUAAUUCUAUGGGUGUUAUCCUAUUCAUAUUAUGUGGGUUCUUCCAGGGCAUAGCACAAGGUUCUUGUAUCAAUUUGAUAUGAUUAAUUAUGUGAUGUUAGCCUCAGACAGUGAAUGCCCUGUACAGUGUUUUUAUAGGCGGCUGUGGCUGAGUGUCUUUUGACAGGUUGAGAUGUAUUUUUGAAGUGCUAAGUGUUCCUCUGUCUCCUAUCACUCUCUACUAAUGGCUUCUUUGUACUCUCCUCUUCUCACUCAUUCUCUGUCCUUUUCUCGCAUUCUCUUUCGCUCUCUCUCACACUUUCUCUCUGUCACUUUCUCUCUCUCAGAGAAAUAUUUUGAUAUGAAGAAGGGUCAGUGUAAAGACGCAUUGGACAUCUAUAAGAAGUUCCUCUACAGGAUGACCAAGCUGUCAGAGUUUCUCAAAGUAGCAGAGGUACACACACCUGCAUGCACGCGGACACACACGCUCAACAGUUUCCCGUGUGUAUCAAGAAUGGUCCACCACCCAAAGGACAUCCAGACAACUUGACACAACUGUGGGUGGGUGCGCAACUUAAUAUUAGGAAGGUGUUCCUAAUGUUUGGUAUACUCAGUGUACAUACUUUAACUUAUUUACUUGUAUCUCUUUUUUGCCCUUUUAAGGCAAGUCAAAACACAUAGCCUGCCGGGACAUACCCUAUUAUAUUUUUAUGUCACGUGUAGCAUUCUUAGACAAAGAUGAAAUCAUGUAUGAGGAAGUUGUCUGUAGGUUGUUUUUGUCAUAUCGACUCGUGCUGGAAUGUUGCUAUGUGACACAGGGCAUCAUGCAUGCUAAUGUGUUUCCCUAAAUAUAUGUUGGAAACUUUCCUGGCACUUGGAGCCAAUGAAACUGAAUGAAAUGAUUUGAAUAGUUAUGCUUCUUGAUUAUAUCUUGUAUUACAUAAUCUCACCCACACACAUAAACAUAGACAUCAUACAGGCACACACACCCACCCUCUCUCUCUCUAUACUCACACACACAGUCUCGGUCCUGAUUUAAAUGUACUUGUAAAUCAGAGACAAGGUUUAAAGAUUGCUGUCCAUCAGAUUCUCAACCAAAUUUACUGAGCAUUUGCAAUUAUGACAAAAUCAAUGGAUAUAUGAUGCCCUAACAGUUGUGCAAAGUUGGUAGAAACUUAUUCAAACUUAUUCACAGCUGUAAUGGCUGCCAAAGGUGCAUCCACCAAGCAAUCAAUACAUCUAAUUUUGUAUUAAAUUGGAAAAUGUUCGAUAAUAUUUCUUUCACUUUGAAAAUGUGGAGUAAUCCAAUUUAAUACAUUUUUUCAUUUAAUAUUAAGCCUGUGCAAUGGGUGUGUAAACUUUCACUGUUCCAAUGUUGUUUUGGGCUCCAGCCUCACAUUAUUUCAAUGUUGUUUUUGGGCUUUUUAAAUGUCUGUUCAAUUGCUCACCAUUCAUUUGCCACACCCACACCAUGUCUCGUCUCUCAUUGGUCAAUCACAAGACACUCAACAUUGUCCAAUCAUAUUCAUCGAUCCAGUUGUCAGCAUGUUUGAUGGAGACCCUUGUUUAUUUCCGUUGUGUUUACGUUGUGUACAGAGGGUGCGUCCCAAUAAUCUCUUCUUUCUCACGAAGUGUGCACUUGUUGGAUUCCCUUCAUGGAUUUGAAGGGAAAUGACUGGUAUAUGGAAACGCGCUUCAGCCCAUGCCUACACCAAUCUAAUGCGUAUACAUUUUUGUGGAGUGGUGUACGAGUGCACACUUCAGGAAGAAGGAGAGGUUAUUGGGACGCACCCACAGUAGUCACUGCAUGGAAGUAAUGAUUCCUUUUAUUUAUUUUAUUUUUUUCUUAUCCCCCUGUUGUUUUUUCCGUUGGCCCGUUUGUUUGUUUUCCGUUGGGUGUUUGUGACAACAGCAAGUUGGAAUAGAUCAGGGCGAUAUCCCCGAUCUCUCACAGGUCAGUGUACAUUUCCAUCUCUUUCUCUCUUCUGGCUCCACCUACAUGCUUUCAUCCCUCCAUUGAUUCAUCUGUCUAUCCAUCCAUUCAUUCAUGUUACAGCCGUCAGCCUCUUUCUUACUGUACAUAUUCACUCCCUCUCUCCUCCUCUCACUUGCUCUCGCUCUUUUCUCUGUACUCACUAAAUCAUUCACUCAUCUUUCUCUUUGUCAAACUCUUAACAAGUAACCAUGUCUUCUAACUUCGUCUUCUACUUUCCCUAGGAAUCUGUUGGUUCAAUCGAUUUAGUAUUUAUUUUUCAAUGGAGUAUUGACAAUGUAGGCCCAAAUAGGCACUUGUAAAGAAAGUACUUUACUGGCUAUAUAAAUACCAAUAACUUAAGGCAUCAAGCUCGAUAGUGAUGCGAAAUUAAAUAUUGGAUUUUGAAUUAAACAUAAUUCCCAUUCCCAGUAUACCAUUUAAAAUAGUUCCUUUAUCAUUCUCCUCCACAGACCAUUAAAGGAUCAUGCAUUGUAGGUGGUGGGUUACUUAUUGUAAUGCUCUUAACCCUAGCAUCCCUCCCCCUAAAGACAUUUCACUGUACUAGUGCACGUGAUAUUCAAACUUGAAACUAUUAUACUGCAUCUCCCCUCCCCAUACAGUAUAUACUGAGUUACAAAUUGUUGACUCACCAUAGCUUGUGCUCUCUGGCAUUUUGACCUACCCACCUGGGUUUGCAUGUAGCCUUCGCCCCCUCACAUGCACGCAUGUAGCCUUGCCCCCUCUUACACGCACGUGCACACAUGUAGACAGACACACUUUGGCCCCGAGUGGCGAAAAAGGUCAACCAUAUGAAUGAAUUAUGGGAAACGUAUCCUCUCCUCCUCCCACCAUUCAGACAUAGGCCUAUGAUAAAGAAAGCAUUUUAGGGAUUUUUGACGUAUUCAUUUAAACUAUAUUUGACCCCCUGAUUAUUACAUGAAUGUAUAUGUAUGCUAUGCAUUAACGCAUCAUCAUAGUCGUAGCUAUGGAAUCAAAAGAUUUCUUUCUUCAAACGUAACAGAUCUGGUUUUGAAACAUCUUGAAAGAUUGUCGGGGGAAGACUAGUGAUCAAAAAGGAAAAAAAACUAUUCCCCCCUUUUCUAUUACUUUGCUCCUUUGUUCUCUCUCUCGCUUUCUUUCCUCUCUGUGUGUCUGGUGGAAUGUUUGGGGAAUACGUACAGGGUUCAGUCAGAGUUCUGUGCUCAGUCUGUUCUAACUUCUGUGCUUUUUUUGUAAGAGGGAAUAGAAUAGUGUGUGUGUCUGUGCUAAUAUUAUUGACGUCUGAUUUGGUUUCUAAACAAUCUAAAGAUGGUCUACUUUUGACAACAGCCCCAUAGAUCUGUCACGUUGAUGUCACAUAGGGCUCCAGUCAAAAGUGAUGCACUACACAGGGAAUAAGGUGCCAUUUGGUACGCAACCUCCCAUUUGAAUGAAUUUUCUCUUGGAAUGUGUCUCAAAUGGCACCCGACUCUCUCUCUAUAGUGCACUACUUGUGCGUAGGGUGCCAUUUGGGACGUACCCUUAGUAAAAGGCAGAGCACCAGCCUUGCCCAACUAGGCUAUGCCCUCUCAGGAUGUUGUUUAGAUGUUGGUAUGAACCAGACAGGACAGAAUGUGAUGUGUCUGCAUGUUUCUCAACAACCUCUACUCCGUUCCUUCCACUCCUCUAUUCCGUUCUCUCCUCGUUUUUCUGUUUCCCAAAACGUGUUAUUAUUAACCUACUAAUACUGAGCGCCCUAUUCCCUAUAUAGUGCCCUAUGGGCCCUUGUCAAAUGUAGUGCACUACGAAGGGAAUAGGGUGCCAUUUGGGCCGAAGACUUAGUUGUUCUAUUCUGGGAAAGUGAUUCAUUGUGGGUCGACCUCUGGGACUAACAACCAUGUGUGCGUGUGUUUAUCAAUGUGUGUGCGUGCGUGUGUUUAUCAAUGUGUGUGCGUGCGUGUGUUUAUCAAUGUGUGUGCCGUGUAAAGAGGUGAAUGAGUGCGUCAUGUCAUAUGAAAGAGAGGAAGAGCUGGUUCUGUCUCUCACCCCCCUCCCCUCAUCUAUUUCUCCCCCUCUCCUCCUUCCAGGCUCCUAGUAGUCUCCUGGAGGCUCUGGAGCAGCACCUAGCCUCUCUGGAGGGGAAGAAGACCAAGGAACUCACCGCUGAUACCAGGUACUGGACUGGCUAGACACAACUAACACUUGGUGAUAUACUUUACCGUAAAAACUGUUAAAGUAGCACACCUAGUUAUCUUACUGUAAAACUUGUCUCCUCCUAAUACCUCUCUUCUCGCCUCUGUCCACUCCUCGCCUCUGUCCAACUCGGUGUCACACACCUACACACAACUCUCCUAUAACCUCUCUACAAUUCUCUGCCCCCACCAUAGAGCAUCCACCCUGUCCAGUGCGGUGUCGUCUCUGUCCAGUACAGGCAUGUCCUUCAGCCGCAUGGACGAGAAGGAGAGACAGCAGGCCCUAGAGGAGGAGCAGGCCAGACUGCAGGCCCUCAAGGUACAGGUAACACACCAUUACACUAAUACAUAAAAUGAUACUACACCGAUGCAUAAUUUUACACAGCUACCCUAACCACCACUACACUGGUGGACAGGGGGAGUUAAAUAUGUUACUACAUCGUUACAACAAAUUACACUUCUACACAAAAUGACACAACACCCUUCAUAUUCAGAUUUAACUGCCUGAAAACAGGGUGUCCACGUGCCCUUAAAAGGUCUUACAUUAAUUUCUGAUUUAAAUCUUUAAAUGUCUUAAGUUCAGUUUUCAAAGGUCUUACAAAAUGUGACGGUGAUGACUAAAGUGUUUCCGUUAUAUUGUGCUUAAUUGUUGCUACCCAGACAAAAAAUUUAAAACUAUUGAACAUCAAACAAUACUCUAGGCACAUUUGCAAGAUGUUGGAGAGCUAUUCAACCAUAUGUGCGCCUCUGUGUGUAUACGUAAUGUGCGUGUGCCAGUGUGGUUCGGACCAUUGCCAGAGGAAAGCGCAAGGCAGCCUAUAAUUUGAUAGACAACAACACUAACUAGAGUUGGGACGAUAAACUGACAUUUACUGACACCGACAUUGCCCUCUUACCAAAUACAUUUUGGUGAUUAGGCUACACAAUGUUCCUGCUGAUUUUUCUGGGUUAGAAAAUCAUUAUUUGGUCAACAGUAAUGUGCAUUAACCUGCUUCCUGCAAUGAAAGUAUCUGCCGUUUCGCUUCUGGCUCUCACUCCCACUACCCCCGUGGCGUGGGGGGAGAGAAGCGCAAGCAUACUGAUAGUUUAGCAACAUUUUCGAAUGUAAUUGCGGAAAACACCGUUUUUAUGUCUCAGCUUUAUGUGAGAAAUUACACCACUUUACAAACUGAGUACAGUACCAGUCAAAAGUUUGCACACACCUACUCAUUCAAGGGAUUUUCUUUAUUUUUACUAUUUUUUACAUUGUAGAAUAAUAGUGAAGACAUCAAAACUAUGAAAUAACACACAUGGAAUCAUGUAGUAACUAAAAAAGUGUUAAACAAAUCAAAAUAUACUUUAUAUUUGAGAUUCUUCAAAUAGCCACCCUUUGCCUUGAUGACAUCUUUGCACGCUCUUGGCAUUCUCUCAACCAGCUUCACCUGGAAUGCUUUUCCAACAGUCUUGAAGGAGUUCCCACAUAUGCUGAGCACUUGUUGGCUGCUUUUCCUUCACUCUGCAGUCCGACUCAUCCCAAACCAUCUCAGUUUGGUUGAGAUCAGGGGAUUGUGCAGCACUCAUCACUCUCCUUCUUGGUCAAAUAGCCCUUACACAGCCUGGAGGUGUGUUGGGUCAUUGUCCUGUUGAAAAACAAAUGAUAUUCCCACUAAGACCAAACCAGAUGGGAUGGCGUAUCGCUGCAGAAUGCUGUGGUAGCUAUGCUGGUCUGCCUUAAAUUCUAAAUAAAUCACUGACAGUGUCACCAGCAAAGCACCAUAACACCACCUCCUCCAUGCUUUAUGGUGGGAAAUACACAUGCGGAGAUCAUCCGUUCACCCACACGCGUCUCACAAAGACACGGCGGUUGGAAUCAAAAAUCUCCAUGACUUGAUAAUCCUAACAGUAGAGCACGUAACAUGUUGGGGGGCAUGCAAUUCCGUACCAUGAUUAGCUGUUCAGGAGUCUUAUGCUUGGGGUAAAGCUUUGAAGUCUUUGACUAGUUGCACUCCUACCGCUUGCGUGCGUCGCAAAGAACAGUCUAUGACUAGGUGACUGGAGUCUUUGACAUUUUGAGGGUCCUCUAUCACCCGCCUGGUAUUCCUGAUGAAGGGAGCUUUGCCCCAGUAUACUGGCCGUACGCCUACCCUUGAGUGCCUUGCGUCAAGGCCAGCAUUGCCAUACCAGUGGUGAUCACCAGUCAGGAUGCUCUCGAUGGUGCAGCUGUAGAAUUUUUUGAGGAUCUGAGGACCCAUGCCAAAUCUUUUUAGUCUCCUGAGGGGGAAUAGGCUUUGUCGUGCCCUCUUCACGACUGUCUUGGUGUGUUUGGACCAUGAUAGUUCGUUGGUGAUGUGGACACCAAGGAACUUGAAGCUCUCAACCUGUUCCACUACAGCCCCGUCGAUGAGAAUGGGGGCGUGCUCAGUCCUCUUUUUUUUCCUGUAGUCCACAAUCAUCUCCUUUGUCUUGGUCACGUUGAGGGAGAGGUUGUUGUCCUGGCACCACACGGCCAGAUCUCUGACCUCCUCCCUAUAGGCUGUCUCAUCGUUGUCGGUGAUCAGGCCUACCACUGUUGUGUCGUCGGCAAACUUAAUGAUGGUGUUGGAGUCGUGCCUGGCCAUGCAGUCAUGGGUGAACAGAGAGUACAGGAGGGGACUGAGCACGCACCCCUGAGUGGCCCCCGUGUUGAGGAUCAGUGUGGCAGAUGUGUUGUUACCUACCCUUACCACCUGGGGGCGGCCCGUCAGGAAGUCCAGGAUCCAGUUGCAGAGGGAGGUGUUUAGUCCCAGGAUCCUUAGCUUAGUGAUGAGCUUUGAGGGCACUAUGGUGUUGAAUGCUGAGCUGUAGUCAAUGAAUAGCAUUCUCACGUAGGUGUUCCUCUUGUCCAGGUGGGAAAGGGCAGUGUGGAGUGCGAUAGAGAUUGCAUCAUCUGUGGAUCUGUUGGGGCGGUAUGCAAAUUGGAGUGGGUCUAGGGUUUCUGGGAUUAUGCUGUUGAUGUGAGCCAUGACCAGUCUUUCAAAGCACUUCAUGGCUACAGACGUCAGUGCUACGGGUCGGUAGUCAUUUAGGCAGGUUAUCUUAGAGUUCUUGGGCACGGGGACUAUGGUGGUCUGCUUGAAACAUGUUGGUAUUACAGACUCAGUCAGGGACAUGUUGAAAAUGUCAGUGAAGACACUUGCCAGUUGGUCAGCACAUGCUCGGAGUACACGUCCUGGUAAUCCGUCUGGCCCUGCGGCCUUGUGAAUGUUGACCUGCUUAAAAGUCUUACUCACAUCGGCUACGGAGAGCGUGAUCACAUAGUCGUCCGGAACAGCUGGUGCUCUCAUGCAUGCUUCAGUGUUGCUUGCCUCGAAGCGAGCAUAGAAGUGGUUUAGCUCGUCUGGUAGGCUUGUGUCACUGGGCAGCUCGCGGCUGUGCUUCCCUUUGUAGUCUGUAAUAGUUUUCAAGCCCUGCCACAUCCGACGAGCGUCAGAGCCAGUGUAGUAUGAUUCAAUCUUAGACCUGUAUUGACUCUUUGCCUGUUUGAUGGUUCGUCGGAGGUCAUAGCGGGAUUUCUUAUAAGCGUCCGGGUUAGAGUCCCGUUCCUUGAAAGCGGCAGCUCUACCCUUUAGCUCAGUGCGGAUGUUUCCUGUAAUCCAUGGCUUCUGGUUGGGGUAUGUACGUACGGUCACUGUGGGGACGACAUCAUCGAUGCACUUAUUGAUGAAGCCAGUGACUGAUGUGGUGUACUCCUCAAUGCUGUCUGAAGAAUCCCGGAACAUGUUCCAGUCUGUGCUAGCAAAACAGUCCUGUAGCUUAGCAUCUGCGUCAUCUGACCACUUUUUUAUUAGCCGAAUCACUGGUGCUUCCUGCUUCAGUUUUUGCUUAUAAGCAGGAAUCAGGAGGAUAGAGUUAUGGUCAGAUUUGCCAAAUGGAGGGCGAGGGAGAGCUUUGUAUGCGUCUCUGUGUGUGGAGUAAAGGUGGUCUAGAGUUUUUUCCCCUCUGGUUGCACAUUUAACAUGCUGGUAGAAAUGAGGUAGAACGGAUUUAAGUUUCCCUGCAUUAAAGUCCCCUGCUACUAGGAGCGCUGCAUCUGGAUGAGCGUUUUCCUGUUGAUUAAUGGCCUUGUACAACUCAUUCAGUGCAAUCUUAAUGCCAGCAUUGGUUUGUGGUGGUAAAUAGACAGCUAUGAAAAAUAUAGAUGAAAACUCUCUUGGUAAAUAGUGUGGUCUACAGCUUAUCAUAAGAUACUCUACCUCAGGCGAGCAAAACCUUGAGACUUCCUUAGUAUUUGAUUUUGUGCACCAGCUGUUGUUUACAAAUAUACAGAGACCGCCACCCCUCGUCUUACCCGAGUCUGCCGUUCUGUCCUGCCGAUGUAGCGUAUAGCCUGCUAGCUGAAUGUUGUCAUUGUUGUCGUUCAGCCACGACUCCGUGAAACAUAAGAUAUUACAGUUUUUAAUGUCCCGUUGGUAGGAUAACCGUACUCUUAAAUCGUCCAUUUUAUUCUCCAAAGCUUGAACGUUGGCUAAUAGGAUUGAUGGGAGAGGCAGUUUACUCGUUCGCCGUCGGAUCCUUACAAGGCACCCGGAUCUGCGUCCACGAUAUCUCCGUCUCUUCCUCACGCGAAUGACGGGGAUCUGGGCCUUGUCGGGAGUCUGUAGAAUAUCCUUCGAACGCCUCGUUGAAGAAAAAGUGUUCGUCCAACGCGAGGUGAGUAAUCGCUGUCCUGAUAUCCAGAAGCUCUCUUUGGUUAUAAGAGACGAUGGCAGAAACAUUAUGUACAAAAUAAAUUACAAAUAACGCGGAAAAACACACAUAAUAGUACAAUUGUGUACUAUUCACACGGUCUCUGUAUUAUUCAAUUGUGUACUGAUUCACACGGUCUCCUCUGAACAGUUGAUGUUGAGAUGUGUGUUACUUGAACUCUGUGAAGCAUUUAUUUGGGCUGCAAUUUCUGAGGCUGGUAACUCUAAUUAACUUAUCCUCUGCAGCAGAGGUAACUCAGUCUUCCGUUCCUGUGGCGGUCCUCAUGAGAGCCAGUUUCAUCAUAGCACUUGAUGGUUUUUGCGACUGCACUUGAAGAAACUUUCAAAGUUCUUGAAAUGUUCCGUAUUGGCUGACAUUCAUGUCUUAAAGUAAUGAUGGACUGUCGUUUUCUCUUUGCUUAUUUGAGCUGUUCUUGCCAUAAUAUCGCUGAACGUUUCACAUACUCAAGCUGUUAUUACGAGGCAGUGGGGAAAAGUAAAACAACUUCCUGGGCACCGCAGGUUCUGGGUUCUGGGUCGUUUUGUGCUUGAUUGAUAUGACCGCUGUGUGUGCAUUUGUCUGAGUUUAAUUUCAUGGGUCAUGAAAGGCCAAUGUAUCAGAGAGUUACAGUCUAGCUAGCGAAUAGUCCUGCAGAAAAAGCAGAAAUGUUUUGACAUUUCUGCUCAAGGUUUGUGUGUGUGCCUUGGAGCACUGACUCAGUAAAUUACUUGGUCCCCACCUACCUACCUACGUACCUACCUACUGCAUUCUUUAAACUGUGUGAGGUGAAAACAUAUUAUGUAACGCUAGCCAACUCUUACUCAAUAUGAAAGCAGUAUUGUAAUGUUUGAGAAGGGUUUGGUAACUGUGUGAGUGUUUUUCUGUGUUUCUCCAGGACCAGCGUCUGAAGGAGAUUGGCAUGUCCACUCCUCCAUCUGCCUCCCCCAGUUCACAGUCUAUGGGCAGUGUCAACAACAACCACCACAACACCAAUCAAGGCAUGGAGCUAUUCAGCGCACCCUCCACCAACAGGUACUGCUGUUAUGACAUGGUUACGACAGGUCAUAGGAGGUUAUAUAGGGUUAUAAAGGUUGUUAUAACAGUCUAUGGGCAGUGCCAACAGCAACAACUUCCACAACACCAACAGGUAUUCCUACUGUUAUUACAUGUUAUAACAGGUAAUAGGUAUGUUAUAACAUAAUUAAUAAUAGGUAAAACUAGUAUAUAACAGUCAAUUGGUAGUGACAACAACAACAACAACCACAGUUCUUAGUACCUAAUAUAUUAGGAUCAUAGUAUGAUCAAAUCAACUAGACAGAAUAUAUUGAAAAUUGUGAAAACUCCAACUACCAAAUUUGGUUUUUAAGUGUUUUUGAGCAAGUUACUGCUUGCUGUGCAGCUUUGCUAACAUCGGUUCGGUUGUUUACAUUCAUGAAUUGUGAUGAUGCUAAUACGCUAACUCCUGGCUGUGGCGGAAGUAAAACAUUCAUUAUUGUGGAUUCUGUCACUAUGGGCCUUAAUACACAACACAAGUUAAGGGUAAAUCCACCGAAAUAUAAGUUUCACCUGAACUAUCUCUUUAAUUGUUUUGAAGAUAUUGAUUGUUUGUGCAUAGAGGGGCAAUUGAAAUCACAUUUAUUUACUCAUUGAUUUUCUUUCUCUCUCCCUCCCUCUUCCCUAUCUCCUCUCUUCUUUCUCUCUCUCUCUAGCAUGCCCAACCUCAGUAGUGAUCUCUUUGACCUGCAGCCAGCCUUCCUACCUGCUGUCCAGAGCACUCCCUCUAUCUCUACAGCCACCAGUGCCUGUGGAGGUAGGUCACACACACAUUUGGACACACACACAUGCAUGCACACAAUAUACACAUGGAUAUACACACACACACUCACAUACAGUUUCCGUUGUUUGUUUUUGUUCACUUAACCUCCUGAACUUCCGGUUCAGAUCAGGGGCAGAGAUGUAUAAUGUUGAUUAGCUGUGUAUUAUGUCACACACUACACAAGUUUAAGUUAUGUCACACACAACACAUGUAAAAACGGUUGUUCAGGCUGUCUUCUGACAAACCUUUAACUUUAGACUCAAGGUAUUUUAUCUCUGUCUUUAAAGUCAGGGUGCUUUUCAACUGUAAGAAUGUAAAAAUUCAUUUCCUGUGUAUUGGAGUUCACUCUAUUCAUGUAUUCAGUCAUUAAUGUGGUCAUUCAUUCAUCCAUCCAUUCACUUGUUUCAUCCACUUAUUGUCCAUUCAUUCAGCCAUCACUUUCUCAUCCGCUAGAAACACUGAAACGGUUACAAUAUUAUGUUGAACAUUUUGUCCAAUAAACAUUAUUUUAGAGAACAUAUGGUUCGACAGACACAGAUACCAACCAACCCAGAGGUUGAAGAGAACCUUUACAAUAGUAAUAUGUAGCCCUUAUGACCUUUGUCUCCUAGGUGCUGCUGAGCCAGCUGAGUCCUCCAUGAGUGUAGAUUUUGACGCUGUUUUCGGGGGCAGGGCUAGAGGACAGGCCAAUAACAACGUACAGCCUGCCACCGAUGGUAAAGACACACAACGGCUACGUCCCAAAUGGCAAUCUAUUCCCUUUAUAGUGCACUACUUUAGACCAGGGCCCAUAGGGCACUAGAUGGGGAAUAGGGUGCCAUUUGGGACACACACAACACAACAAUACCAACCCUAAAUAAACCUACUAAACAACCUCUGGCUUAGCUUACUGCUCCUCUAUAACAAAUAUAAUCAACUACUUUUAGUGCUGGGUCAGAUUUCUGAUUUGGUUUUGCUAAUGGCUGGUAAGUAAAUCAACCUUUUCACAUCUGGGCCUGUAUCCACAAAGCGUCGUAGUUUUUCCUUUUAGAUCAUAAUUAAUGCAAUUAUAUGGACAGAUCCUAGAUAAGCACUCCUACGCUGAGAUGCUUUGUGGAUACCUGCCCUGGUUUAGGUUUCUGGCUGGGUUUUGCUAUGGGCCAGCUAAUCCUUAGCUACAGCUUUAGGCCUGGGGUUUCUACUACCACAGUUUCAGUUUGUGUGUGUUUUAAAGCCUUCAGUAGGAAGUUCAAGGUGGCCAUCUCACUCCACUCUAUUCCAUCUGUUUGUAACUCAUCUCUUUCUCUCUCUGUGCAUAGUUUGCCAUCUCAUUCCAUUCCCAUCUGCCUGUCACUCAUCCAUUUGUCAUUCACUCCAUCCCACACUCUACACAGACAAUCCAUCUCUUUGGAGGCACUGAGGUGCUACCUUUCCAUCUGUUCUCCUCUCUUCAUCUCUUUCCCUCAUCUGUCCUCUACUCCUUCCAUUCUCCCCAUCUCAGCCUCUCCAAACACUUAGCUUAACGGUUAUUAACUCCUCUUUCUUCGUAAAAUGAACUGUCUUUCUUUCUUUCCUGCACUCUGCUCUGUAUGUUCUGGUGAGUGGGCUAGUUUUCUGAUUAUUUCAGAUUCGUUCCUUCUCUCUCCCGCCCUCCCUCCUCGCUCUCUCUCUGAGUGUGCUAGGUUUCUCUGAUCCUUCCCUUCUGUUUCCUGCUUGCAAAGCAGGAAGUUCUUACUUUAUGAAUGUGGCUCAUGACUACGUCCCAGAUGGCACCCUAUUCCCUAUAGUGCACUACUUUUGACCAGGGCACUAUAGGGAAUAGGGUGCCAUUUGGGAUGCAAAGCUAUGUCAGCACAAUGUCCAGAAGCUAGACCCCACUUCGUAAACAAAUAUUAUUCCUCCUUUUUUUUUUCUCUCUCCCUCACUUUUGUUCUGUGGUGGGAGGAUAAGAAGGGAUGGGAGGUGGCAGCUGUCUGUGCAGCUAUGUUGCGCUCCCUGGCUCUCUUUUUUUGCCCUUUUUCUCCCCUACACUACUUUGUCUUGCCCUCCUUCGAUCGGUCUUUCUCUUCUGUCACACUCUGACGACCCUUAUUUGUCUCUUUCCUCUCUCCCUCCCCCCUCCUCUCCCUCCACCAACCCUCUCCCUACCUCUCUCCUAGUAGAGGGCAAUGUGUUCCCAUUUUUAGAAUGACUGUUGACAGACCAGACCAGACCAGACCAGGGUGGUACUAAUGUAAUGUUUGCACAGUGAAUUACUCCAUGGCUGCAUCCCAAAUGGCACCCUGUGGGCCUUGGUCAAAAGUAGUGCACUAUAUAAGGAAUAGGGUGCCAUUUGGGAUAGAGCCAUGCAGUGUAACCAGACCAAUCAGCCCUGUACAGUACAGUAGUAUACCACACACCCACCGGUCAGCCUACAGUACAGCCUCUAAGUGUAAUGACUCAACAACAUGACACCACAAGCACAUACAUCCAUCAUAACACAAAUAUAGCUACUGCGGCUGAGCCUAGAAAUGGAAGGAAUGGAACAAACAUCAAUUUCUCAUACUUCUGCUACUGAGGCUGACUAGAAACUGAAGGAGUGCACAUCAACUGUUUUAGUCUAGAUUUGGAAUUAAUAUAAUCCAUCAGCAUAAUGACUCCACAACAUGUCAGCCACAGUGCCUUCAGAAAGUAUUCAUACCCCAUGACUUAUUCCACAUUUUGUUGUUAAAGCCUGAAUUCAAAAUGUGUUAAAUAGAUUUCUCACCGUUCUACACACAAUACCCCACAAUGGAUUUUUUGCAAAUGUGUUGAAAAUGAAAUACAGAAAUAUCGAAUUAAUAUACAGUACCAGUCAAAAGUUUGGACACACCUACUCAUUCCAGGGUUUUUCUUUAUUUUUACUAUUUUCUACAUUGUUGAAUAAUAGUGAGGACAUCAAAACUAUGAAAUAACACAUAUGAAUCAUGCAGUAACCAAAAAAGUGUUAAACAAAUCAAAAUAUAUUUUAUAUUUUAGAUUCUUCAAAGUAGAGGGCAAUGUGUUCCCAUUUUUAGAAUGACUGUUGACAGACCAGACCAGACCAGUGGUACUAAUCUUGAUGACAGCUUUGCACACUCUUGGCAUUCUCUCAACCAGCUUCACCUGGAAUGCUUUUCCAACAGUCUUGAAGGAGUUCCCGCAUAUGCUGAGCACUUGUUGGCUGCUUUUCCUUCACUCUGCGGUCCAACUCAUCCCAAACCAUCUCAACUGGGUUGAGGUCGGAUGAUUGUGGAGGCCAGGUCAUCUGAUACAGCACUCAUCACUCUCCUUCUUGGUCAAAUAGCUCUUACACAGCCUGGAGGUGUGUUUUGGGUCAUUGUCCUGUUGAAAAACAAAUGAUAGUCCCAUUAAGCGCAAACCAGAUGGGAUGGCAUAUCGCUGCAGAAUGCUGUGGUAGCCAUGCUGGUUAAGUGUGCCUUAAAUUCUAAAUAAAUCUCUGACAGUGUCACCAGCAAAGCACCAUCACACCACCUCUAUGCUUCACGGUGGGAACCACAGAUGCGGAUAUCAUCCUUUCACCUACUCUGCGUCUCACAAAGACACGGCGGUUGGAACCAAAAAUCUCAAAUUUGGACUAAUCAAAUCAAAAUGAAAUGUUAUUAGUCACAUGCGCCGAAUACAACCGGUGUAGACCUUACAAAAAUAAAUAAAAGUAACAAAUUAUUAAAGAGCAGCAGUAAAAUAACAAUAGCGAGGCUGUAUACAGGGGGUACCGGCACAGAGUCGAUGUGCGGGGGCACCGGUUAGUCGAGGUAAUAUGUACAUGUAGGUAGAGUUAUUAAAGUGACUAUGCAUAGAUAAUAAACAGAGAGUAUGGCAUGGGGGUAGAAGCUGUUUAGAAGCCUCUUGGACCUAGACUUGGCGCUCCAGUACCUCUUGCCGUGCAGUAGCAGAGAAAACAGUCUAUGACUAGGGUGGCUGGAGCUUUUGACAAUUUUUAGGGCCUUCCUCUGACACCGCCUGGUGUAGAGGUCCUGGAUGGCAGGAAGCUUGGCCCCAGUGAUAUACUUGGCCGUACGCACUACCCUCUGUAGUGCCUUGCGGUCAGAGGCCGAGCAGUUGCCAUGCCAGGCAGUGAUGCAACCAGUCAGGAUGCUCUCGUGGUGCAGUUCUAGAACCUUUUGAGGAUCUGAGGACCCAUGCCAAAUCUUUUCAGUCUCCUGAGGGGGAAUAGGUUUUGUCGAGCCCUCUUGGUGUGCUUGGACCAUGUUAGUUUGUUGGUGAUGUGGACACCAAGGAACUUGAAGCUCUCAACCUGCUCCACUACAGCCCCGUCGAUGAGAAUGGGGGCGUGCUCGGUCAGCUUAUUUUUCCUGUAGUCCACAAUCAUCUCCUUUGUCUUGAUCACGUUAAGGGAUAGGUUGUUGUCCUGGCACCACACGGCCAGGUCUCUGACCUCCUCCCUAUAGGCUGUCUCGUCGUUGUCGGUGAUCAGGCCUACCGCUGUUGUGUCAUCAGCAAACGUAAUGAUGGUGUUGGAGUCGUGCCUGGCCAUGCAGUCAUGAGUGAACAGGGAGUACAGGAGUAGACUGAGCACACACCCCUGAGGGGCCCCCGUGUUGAGGAUCAGCGUGGCGGAUGUGUUGUUACCUACCCUUACCAUCUGGGGACGGCCCGUCAGGAAGUCCAGGAUCCAGUUGCAGAGGGAGGUGUCUAGUCCCAGGGUCGUGAAGCAUGGUGGUGGCAGCAUCAUGCUAUGGGGAUGCUUUUCAGCGGCCGGUACUGGGAGACUGGUAAGGAUAGAGAGAACAAUGAAUGGAGCCAAAUACAGGCAAAUCCUUGACGGGAGCCUGCUUCAGAGUGCCAACGACCUUAGACUAGGGUGAAGAUUUACUUUCCAACAUGACAAUGACCCCAAGCAUACAACCAAAGCAAUGCUGUAAUGGCUUCAGAACAAGAAUGUGGAAGUCCUUGAGUGGCCCAGCCAAAGCCCAGACUUGAAUCCCAAUUGAAAAUCUGUGGAAAGACUUGAAGAUUGCUGUUCACCACCGCUCCCCAUCUAACUUAACAGAGCUUGAGGAAAUCUGCAAUGAAGAAUGGAAGGAAAUCCACAAAUCCAGAUGUGCAAAGCUUAUACAGAUAUACCCAAGACGACUCAAAGCUGUAAUCGACACCAAAGGUGCUUCUACAAAGUAGUGACUCGGGUGUGAAUACUGCAAAAAUUAAGAAAAACAUGUUUUUACUUUGUCAAUAUGGGCUAUUAUGUGUAAAUGGGUGAGGUGGGAAAAAAUCAAUUUAAUACAUUUUGAAUUCAGGCUGUAAAUUGAAUAUGUCAAGGGAUAUGAAUACUUUCUGAAGGCAAUGUAAAUCCAGUAUAACACAAAUACUGCUGCUAAGCCUAGAAAUAUGAUACAUAGAUUGGACACAGCUACUUAGCCCUGAGCGUAGAAUUAAAAGCAACCUUUUGACUGUAUGACUCUGUCAUGAUACUGAACAGAUGGAUUGCGAUCCCACAACCUGAUCUUGCCUCCCAAGUCCUCUUUUCUCUUGAGUCAAAUCUUUCCUGCAUGUGCGUUGCUUUUCUUUUAACCUCAUAUCCCAUCUGUGUGUGAUCCUGGCCUAUGCUUUGUGUUUGUCUAAUCUCUGUGUAUGUAUAAUGCAAUUAAAUGUAUGUCUCCUGUGGACCUAUCCUCCAGGGUUUGACGCUCUAGGGGACCUGCUGAAGCCCACAGUGCCCAGCCACAACCAGGCUCCUCCGAUGGCCCUGCACCACCCCGGCCAUCCCCACCCCGGUCACCCCCAUCCAGGGCACCCAGGAGGCAAGCUGCUGGCCAAUGACCUCGACUCGUCCCUUGCCAACCUCGUAGGCAGUGAGUACUGUACAGACAUACAUAUUGUUCUUUUGGAUCCUCUCAUCUGUCUGUUUCCACCUCUUUCUCCCUUCUGCCUCCAUUUGUUUCAGUUUCUUUCUCUUUGUGCAUUCUCCUUACUCCUCAUGUGACUCUCUUUUCUCCCUCCCUCUUCUCUCCCCCUUGGUCUUGCCCUCUAGUGAAUAUCUCUGCCCGUGGUAGAGUUGUCAAUAGAGACAUUUGAGCCAGGCUAAUGGUAGUGGAUGGCCUAUCUGCCAGAGCUCUGGCCAGAGAACUAUUGGCAGGCAGGGAGAGGACACAGAGAGAGAGGAACCCAGUAGGGAGGCACUGGUCUCAGUCUACAGUAUGUUUAGGAGCCUUCACUACCAGCCAGGGCUGGCCGGCUCUCUUUCUUUCUGUCUCGCUGUCUUUUAGAUACUCGCUCACCUUCUUUCUCUCCCUCUAAUGCUUUUGCUCUCUCCCUCUCUUCUCUCUCUUGCUCUCCUCUUUCUCUCUCUGUCUCACCAUCCCUCGCUCUCUCUUCCUCAGAUCUGCAGUUCGGAGGAGCCCCAGCCAAGAAGUAAGUGUAGUAGUUGUGAUGUGUGUCGCAUGCGUGCGUGUAUGAGUUGGGAAGUGAUGUAGUGCCAGACUACUGCAGCGUUUUCCCCUAGAUAAUGGAAGGCUAUGGCGGGCUGCCAUCCUACAGUUCUCCAGUCCCAGGCAGCCCCUGCUCAAAACACACAGUUGUCUGCUUCAAGACAUGAAACACAGAACUAAAAUAAACUUGAAUAAGUAUUUAGUGCACGGAAGUUAUACUAGUGUUUUUAAUUACAAAACAAUAAUGUUUUGUAUAACCAAUCAACAAUGGAACAGACUGACUGCAGUGUUUUCCCUAGACGAUAGACUAUAUGGCGGACUGCCAUCCCACUCUACUGUACUAGGGCGAGCCGACUCAAAGCCAACACUGAAAAGCUUCUGUGCUGCUCAAAUCUGUUGAAAAAGAAAUUGAAACUAAAAUAACUUGCCUGCAUUAUUCAAAUCUGCAGGAUUUUACCUGUAACAAGACACACGUUGAGACCUAGUGAAGAACUCGAGCUACAAUAUUGUAAUAAUAUAUUUUAUUUGUAACACGCUUUUCAAAAACACACACAGUCUUGUGUAACUAACCAAUUCAGUCCCUUUCAAAAUCCUGUUUUCCCUAAAACUAACCCUAGCUCCUAAACCUAAUUCUAACCUUAACCCUAAACCCCAUUAGAAAUAGUAUUUGACCUUGUGGCGACUAACAAAAUGUCCCAAGUUGGUCAAAUCUUUGUUCGUUUACUAUUCUUGUGGGGACAAGUAUAGUUAAACACGUCCACACCUGUAUAAUAUCCAUGGUAACAGUUGAUUAACGAGUGUGGUGUUUUUGCGCGGUGCAUUUUGUCGCUGUGUGCUCCGGUGUUCAGGCCAGACAUGCAGUGGAGUCAGCCUGGAGAGAAGAAGCUAACUGGGGGACACAACUGGCAGAGCAAGACCAUGACUACCACCACGGCAUGGAACCCUGCUCCCAUGGCCCCUGCACCCAUGCCUGUACAACACAUGGUGAGUAGUAGUGUGUUUGUGUGUUAUGUAUGUUAUCUGUUUAGAGAUGAUGUCCAGGUGCAGUAGAGAUGCUCUAGCCAAGACUGAGUGCUGAGCUUGCCAAUAGAUGAUUGUCCUCCUGAUCUCUUCUACAAUACUGGCUGAUUGUGGAAAUCUGUCACUAACCCCUGGCUUCUUCUCUUCCUCCUUCCUGCCCUCCCCUCUGUCUCUUUGUCUCUUUGUCGUCGCUGUAAUUAUCGUCUUCUGUCUCUGGCCCGCUCGCUUCUUUCUCUAUCACUCGUUUCUCUCUAUCGCUCUUUUUUUCCCUUUCUUUUGAAAUAUCCUGUUUGCGUUGUCAUCCUCCUUCCCCUUAUCCUGUUUUUGCUGCGUUUAAUUAACCUUCCUCAUUCCCUCUCUCUCUCUGUCUCUCUCUCUCUGUCUCUCUAUCUCUCUGUCUGUCUCUCUGUCUCUGUCUGUCUCUGUCUCUCUGUGCGUCCUUGCCAUGCAGAAUGGGAUGUUCUAUGCCAGUUAUGUAAGUAGUAGGUUAUGUCCCAAAUGGAAGCCUAUUCCCUAUAUAGUGCACUACUUUUCACCAGGGGCCUAUCUAGUCUGUUUAGAGAGAUUUCUGGUCUUUGUUACGAUUCUCGACCCAGAAGUGUAUACUCGUUGUGAAGUGUACUCUCACUCCUCCUUAUGCAUUUUAUAGCAUCCGAUUGGUGCAAGCAUGGCUGAAGAAAGUUUCCACCAUAUUUCUUACACCAGUCCAUUUGUUUUAAAUCCAUGAGGGGGAGUGUAUUGAGUGUACACCCCGGGUCAGUAUCAGCUCAGUGCGAUCUCUGCCUCCUGCAUUCCUCCCCUACUUGUUGUUUGUUUUAAAAGAUAAGAGGGUUUUUUCCUUGUAGUUGAAACGGUUUCCUCACCUUACUGCCACCUGCCUUUAUUUCUACCAGGGAGAGGCAAUCUACUGUUCUCGUUAGGUGCUUAACUGAUAACAAAUUAGCCUAGUGCAGUAUUUUAAAGGAACACUGCUCUAGUCAAUUCGAUUUGUACAACCUCACUUCCAUGCGUGUUAUUUUACCUGUGUUUAUCUGUAGUUGUUUAUUUUACCUGUGUUUAUCUGUAGUUGUGAAUGUGAUGGUGUCCAUGAGCAUUAGUGAUGUCAUUACCUGUACCGCCUUCCCUGUAUAGACUCCCCUUUUAGCUCCUCCGCUGCACUCUUUUUGAGUUGCUAAUCAGGUCUCUCUUUCUCUUCUCUAACAGGCUCCAGCUCCUAUGACAUUCCCCAUGACGACACCGCAAGUGCCUAUGUAUGGAAUGGUCAGUACUGCUCAAUGCUCACACGCUACAAGACACAUUUAACUUUACAUGUAUAACCUAGGAUGUAUUGUGAUAGGAGAAUUACCAUGGCCUGGGGUGGUCUAGCAGUUAGGGCCGCUCAAAUCCGACGCAAAUCUCUCUCUCUCGCGCGCUCUCUCUCGCUCUCUCUCUCUGCCUCUCCCCUUUCUCUCGCUCUCUCUCUUUUUUCAAAAAAACUAAAGUGUAACCAACAAAGAGACAACCUACUUGAGUACUGGAAAAUGUUUCUAUCUCAGGUCCCUCCUCAAAUGGGUCAGAUUGGGGGUGUACAGUUGAUGGCCCCCCAGCCCAUGAUGUACAACCAGCCUGUACUCAGACCCACAAAUCCCUUCGCCCCCAUGCCUGGAGCCCAGGUAACCUCUCACCAUUUCUACAGCCCGACCACCUUACACCAUAAUACCACACCCCUUUACACCCCACAAACCUCUGUCACCAUCCCUAAAGCCCAGGGAACCCUCCCCCCAACCCUU